AGUAUGGUAUGUUCAUUGAAUUCUCGCCUUCCUGCUUGGAUUCAGUUUAAUGUAAUGCGUGAAAGGGUAUACUACAAAAUGUAGUUAAGUUUGAGACAUUGGUUUCUGGGUUUUAUCGAAGCUUAUAAGUAUAAAGAAAAGAUGGUAAAGAAGUUUAGCGUGAAACCUAGUGUAAUCUGUGUAUACUCAGUGAUCAAGGGCUUUUGUACAGUUAAAAUGCUGUAUUCGACUUUCAAGCUCAAGGAUAAGAUGUUUGAUUCGGCAGUUUAUAAUACUUCGAUUUGUACAAAUUUCAUGAAGAGUGGCAAGAGAGUAUCUUUUGCGAUGGAAAUGAAGGAAAUUGGAUGUGAAUCCGAUUCUGUGACUUAUAAUGGAGAAAGAUUUUUCAAUCGUUAUUUGGAGUUCUGGAUGCGAUAAUCGGAGAAAGGUAAAACUAACUGUUAUAAUUUAAAAGGUAGUAAAUGAUUGGUAUUGAAAGGAGGGCAAAUGGAGUGAAGCAAUGGAUUUAUUCUGCUGAGGCGAGAUUGGGCUCCUGAUGCUGUGACGUACCAGACACUUUUCAAUGGGCCAAGUGAUAGAAGGAGUCUGUGGAGCUGGCGAACACAUCAUUUGUUUUGGGUGGGAUGGUUUUCCUGGGGAAUGUUCCAUGUUUUGCUAGAUGGGCUGUUUUGGUGAAGGGAACUUAGUGCUGUUACAGUCAGUUUUGAAAAUGUUAGCCAAGGAAGUAUAUUUAAUGUAAAUACAGGGAGGAAUGGAGGAUGCUUAUGUCAGUGGUACGUAAGAAAACUGAAAUGUUGAGUUCUUUCGAGCUUAUAGAUGCUUCCUGAUUCCAAGAAUGAUCACUCUACCUAAUAACAAACAAGAAAACAUCACACUAAACAUAAAAAUGGAGCUUAUUCUUUCUGAUCAGGGUGACAUUUGCUUUUGUAAGCAUUCGUUAUGAAGCUUCGGGAGGUAUCAAGCGUAUUUUUUAAUUAAUGGUUUCCUACAGCAUGUUCCUAUAUCUUGCAAGUGUCAAGCGCAUAUGAGAUGUAGGUUGUAAGAAUAAAGGAGUGUCAGAUUUGAACAACAUCACACUGCGUAGAAAAUAAAGUUGCUGAUGACUACCACGUGUAAGCAGGCUAAGAUACUGUAUUCCAUUGAGCUUAUAAGAUGCUUUGGGAAAGCCUGCUUCAGAGAUGUGUUUCUUGAUUCCAUAGUUUUGUUUGUGUAUUGAGAUAGAAGGCUUCUGGGCAUCAUAGUUAAACAGGUGAAUCCUAGAUCAAAGCUCCUGGAUACGCUUUCAGAAAGAUUGGGAGCAUGAUAGGAGGUUAAGCUGUACUAAUUUGAUCCUGUAAAGUGGACGGUAAAGGUUGGAUUGGAAAGCUGAAGCGUCAAAAGAAUGUGCUAUACAGAAGAUGGUGGGAGGACCAGUUCUUGUAUGAACUGUAAACAUGGAUGGGGUCCAAAGGUUAUCUUUUUAGGACGCCUCAGAGGCUGAAUUGUUUUGGCGUUUUACCUUCGCAAGGGAGUGACUUCAGUGUGGUAGACAGGUAUUCAAUUUUGUUUUACAACCCCGGAGCUGUUACCAUCUCAAACAAAUUUUCAUCUGGAAUGGAGGGACUUCCAUGUGGUAGUUCUGUAAACAGGGCAAUUCUCCCUUGGCGGAUAGAAAGCUGUAAACUUGUUGUAUACCGAAGCAUGAAGUCUUUCUCUCUGCCAAAGGAGAAUUGCACUGUUAUUCACAAACCCCACAUUGGUUUCUGCACUUCUUCAUCAUUGCUUGCGACUCUGUUCUCAUGAAACUCACAUUAAUGCAUU